AUGAACACGGGAACUAUAUCUAGGAGCCGUAUGGUGGCGAUAAACACCUGCAUCACCUGCAUCACCGGCAUUGGCAAUCUGCUCGCAGGCCUGCUGAAAGUAUGCAUUCCGACCAUCUCGACCAAGUUAGAGAAGAGAUCCCAGCUGCCCUCCAGCUUUCUCGGCUGCCGCCGCGCAUGCUUACUGGGGGGCUUAAUUCAAACAGCUAGUGCGGUAGGAGCUGGCCUCGCCCGCACCUCGACACAAUUGAUCGCCCUGCGCGUUGUCGCAGGAAUAGCCGCCUCCUUUUGCCUCCCCGCAGCGGUUGGCGUCACUGCGAACGUCUCUCCCGCCAACAAGAAUCCGCGUCGACGCAGUAUAACCUUCGCUGCAAUGGGAGGGGGCCAGGCGGUCGGCUUCGGCCUCGGCAUAGCACUUGGGUGCAUCUUCUCCGACACUGUCGGCUGGCGUUGGGGAUUCUACGAAACCGCCCUUCUUAACGGCGCCGUCCUGGCUCUCGCUCUUUGGGUUUUACCCACGACCACCAACACCUCAUUGGGGAAACCCACUCUCACACGGCUCGCCCAGGAAGUCGACUGGGUCGGGCCCCUGAUCAUCAGCACCAGCCUUGCGCUCUUCUCUUACGAACUCGCCGUAGCAACAAGCAGCAUUGAUGACUCUCAUACCUUCGCCCCCCCACUCAAUAUAUUGUUGCUCUGCAUCGCCACCCUGCCCAUCCCAGCUUUUAUCUACUGGAUGCACCGCCAAUCCCGCCGCAGUCGUCCGGCCUUGAUCACCAACACGCUCUGGAGCAGCCUCCCCUUCACGGGCAUCAUUAUACCCCACGUCCGCGACGUCUCCGCCCUGACCUCCUCGCUGUACUUCCUCCCCGCAACGAUCGGCGGGUUGCUGAUGAACAUCGCCAUCGGCGCGUUACUACCGCACCUGCGCCCCUCUGUCGCCGUUCCCGCCGGCUGUCUCGCGAUGGCGCUGAACCCGCUGGGGGCGGAUCUCAUGUACACGAUCGCCAACCUGGUGAAGACGGGGGCGUUUCCGGCCAAGACGCAGGCCCUCGCCGGCGGAGUGUUCAAUAUGCUGACGCAGGUGGGGAAGAGCAUGGGGAUCGCGACGUCAGCAGUGCUCGCGAGGCAGGUCACUGAGCAGGCGGGUGUGGGGCCCAAGGAGGCACCCAUGCUGGGAUAUCGCGCUGGGUGGUGGUAUAAUUGCUCCUGGGGCUUUAUGUCCGUGUUGGUCAGUUGGUGGGGUCUGAGGAGUGUUCAUAAGGUAGAGAACAAGAGCGAUUAG